GUGAUUUAAGCGGCUUGGAGGUUAGAGGGGUUAGCUUCCAGUUUGGUUUCGAGAGAGCCCAAAUUCGGCGGGAUAACUCAAGCGCAACUCGUUCAGGCGCAGGGCUCGAGGGCCCCCAGCAAAGCGGCGCAGGCGGACUCGCGGGCUCCCAGCAAAGCGACGCAGGAGAUGUACAUCCAGUACGAGCAGGAGAUGAACUGGGAAGGCCUCAGCUCCUUCGAGCAGCUACUGCUGCUGAAGGUCCUGCAGCCGGAUUUUGCUGUGCACGCCGUGAGAGGCUUUGUGGCAGAGGAGCUGGGUGAAUCCGUGCUGGACAUUCAGCCGCUCUUGGCGGACCAAGCGGUAGAGGAGCUUCAGGAGUUCCAGGGCCAGACGCGGCCCUUGCUACUGGUGCUUCCAUCCGCGUCAGGCGGUGCGAGCCGGUCCAUUCUGGACGAGUUGAAGGUGAUUGUCGAGCGCCGCCGCCAAGCAGACGCCAGGCGCAGCUUCCAGCUGUUGGUCUCCUCGGCCCUACGGGAGUCCUGCCUUCAGAGCGUGCGUGAGGCGGCGGCUGAGGGGGCCAUUCUGGUGGUCACAGAGCUGCAACUGGCCUCAGAGCAUUGGCUGGGGUGCCUGGAGCUGCUCAUGGAGGAGCUUUGCAUGUCCAGCCUCCACGUCAGCUCGCCGGAGCGGAACGAAGGCCCGGUGGUUUGCUCCUCCGUGAGCCGGUCGCUGUCCGCCCACGUGCGCGAAAGCCGGGACUUCCGGCUGAUCCUUUGCGUGGAAGGCUUCGUGGCCUUGCCAACCAGCAUGCUGCAGAUGUGUCAAAAGGUGGCGGUGUUGCCGCCCAGCGGCGUGCGAACGCGUCUGCGGCAGCUGGCGCAAAGGGUGGACUGGGAACCGGAGUCUUCGCCCGGGAGGCCAUCCGAUGAGCGUCGUGCUGGAUGGCGCCGCAACCUGUUCUCCUUAUGCCUCUUCCACGCUGUGCUCUGUGAGCGGUCCCGCUACAACUGCUUCUAUGCUGCGGCAUAUGACUUCGGCGCCUCUUUCCGCAGCGCCUGCGGCUUUAUGCGAACCGCCUGGAGCCAGGAGUCAGAUCCACCUUGGGACUUGCUGCUGCACUUCAUCCGGACGCAGAGCCACGGCGCGCAGGUGGCUGAGAGUUGGGAUCGCCAGCAGCUGGGCGCCUGCAUGCUGCGCUUCAUGGGCCCGGCUGCUGGCACGCUGGCGCUCGCAGCGCGCCUGGCCCACAAGGAGGAGGGUUCGGACUCUGAGGAGGAGCGACAGUCUGCAGAGCUCCAGACCUUGCGAGCCCGAUGUGUCAGCCAAUACCUCGACUUUCAGCUGGACCCUGAACUUCCCGGCAGCGAGGCGGCGGCGAAAUGCAUCACGGAGCUGCCGGAGGCUACCACUGCUGAGCUUUUCGGAUGCCACCCCCGCGAGGACAAAGCGCUGGAUGCGAAGAGGAGCGACCAGGUCUUGUCCCUCCUGGCGGCGCUGAGGCCAGCUGCUGAGGCAGGUGCCAGCGACAUCCAGCAGCUCUUUAAGGUUGAGGACCUGUUGUCGGAGCUUCCCGUCUUCAACCCCGCCUUGGACCAGGAGAUCCAGGUGUCCCCUCGGGGCAAGCGAAGCCUGGAGCGCCGGAAGGAAGCGACAGACCCGCUGCUGGCACAGGUGCUGCGUCAGGAGCUCUUCUCGCUGCGCGAGCUGCUGGCGAAGUUGCGCCGGGACUUGCGGCGCCUGCACGAGAUGAUGUCCGCCAAGCUGCAGCUCAGCGAGGACAUGCAGGAGCUCCUGGACCACAUCCUCGCCAACUCCAUGCCCGACACCUGGCGCCGCAUCAGCUUCCCCAGCGCGAGGCCAUUGGCCUCAUGGGCCUUCAGCCUCAAGAUGCGACUGCAGUGGCUGGAAGCGGCCUGGUCGGAGAUGCAGGCCCGCAACGAGCCGUUCUGCUGGCGGCUGGACCUCUUUUGGCGCCCGCAGCAGCUGCUGCUCAGCUCCCUGCGCAGCUUCUGCUCGCAGAAGCUGCUGCCACUGGCGCAGUGCAGCUUCCGCCACAAGGUCCUGGCUCAUCUCACUGAGGAGGAGGAUGUGCAGGACCGGCCCAGCAGCGGUCUCUACAUCUGCGGCCCCUUUUUACGCGGUGCCUCCUGGGACCGGCGCCGUGGCGCGCUGGUGGACGGCAAAAUGGACGAGUUCUUCUACCGCAUGCCAGUGAUGCACUUCAUCCCUACGAAGGACCAGCGGCAGCUGCGGAACCGGUGUCCAGUGCCUUUCUUUCAGGCCGAUCGCGGGCCCUGGAAGAGCAAUGGCCGGGAUGCGAACUUCAUCGCCCAGGUCUUUCUGCACGCAGCAGAUCCCAACGACUGGCUACUGAAAGGCGUGGCCCUCUUCUGCGAAGCCGCAAGCUAGCCGCGAUGUCCGGCAACUGAGCCGCCCCAUUGCUAUCCGCGCGCGAGCGCGGAUUCCUCGGAGUUGGGGAUUCCAACCGCUCCAAAGCAGAGCGGAGCUCUGAAAGACUCAGAGCGGGUGAUCCUGGACGUAGGAUGUGCGCGUCGUUGGUUGGAGCA